CUCACCCUUAUAACCAUCAUUCGCCAUGAGUAUGGAUUUGGAACGAGUCAAGCAUUUAAAUUAUUUGAAUGAAUUGGGCCAGCGCCAGGAUGAACUAGACUUUUGGUUGAAAGAACAUUUACACGUUAGUGCUAUUUAUUGGAGCUGCAUGAGCUACUGGAUGUUGAAUAAGAAAGAAGAAUUAAACAAAGAGCAAAUUGUUUUGUUCCUGCAAUCAUGUCUUACAGAGUCAGGAGGGUUUGCUUGCUAUCCUGGACAUGAUGAUCAUAUUACCAAUACUGUUUAUGCUAUUCAGGUUUUGUUGAUGCUGGAUUCACUAGACAGAAUCAAUAAGGAAAAAGUAGCUUCUUAUAUUGUUAGCUUGCAAAAUGAAGACGGAUCUAUGAAAGGUGACCGAUGGGGCGAAACCGAUGCUCGUUUUCUUUACGCUGGCAUUAAUUGUUUGGCACUUCUAGGUCGACUAGAUAUGUUGAACCAGUCAGCCGCAGUCGAUUGGAUUCUCAAGUGCCGCAACUUUGACGGUGGUUUUGGUCUAUGCCCUGGAGCUGAAACACAUGCUGCUUAUGUUUUUACAUGUGUAGCUUCUCUUGCUAUAUUGGAGCAACUAGACAGAAUUGACCAAGACUUACUGGGCUGGUGGCUCAGUGAACGACAAACGAAAAAUGGAGGGCUGAAUGGUCGUCCUGAAAAGCUCCCAGAUACUUGUUAUGGAUGGUGGGUGUUAUCCCCAUUGGCGAUCAUUAAAAAGCUUGAGUGGAUAGACAGAAAUGACUUAAUACGUUUUAUUCUAAGUGCUCAAGAUCAAGAGACAGGUGGGUUUUCUGAUCGUAGAGAAGACGUUCCAGAUGUGUAUCACACAUGCUUUUCCUUAACCGCCUUGUCCUUAUUACAAUACCCAGAUUUGAAACCAGUAGACGCACGAUUUUGCCUACCGCUAGAAGUGACGAAAAAAUACAACCUCUGAUGAUGACAUUUAUUGAUUACUACAUAUAAUUAAAUUACAUAUACAUAAAACCAUGUCCUUCAUCAUUCAAAUAUCGGCUUUCUCUCUUGUUUUUUCAUGUCUUCAAUCUUUCGUAACCGCUUUUCAGUCUUUGCUUUUCCAGAUCCUUUUCCAUGGAACUGAUGAGAUAAUAAGUAUUUGUAUGCCUCCUUUGGUCCCAAUUCAACUCCAAAUUCGUCAACGUAGCGAAUGUUCACCUGAGGUUUGUAGUCUUGGAACUGCUCCAUUUCAACCUUGGCAAUUAGACGAUCCCAUUUUUCAUUCUCUCGUUUGGCAUACUGUUCACGCUCUUUUUGAGUCAUAUGGUUCAAUUUUCCACUAGCACGAUCUUGCUCUUUCUGAAGCCUUCGUUGUUCUUCAAGCUUCCGUCGUGCACUCUGUUUUUUCGCAAACCAUCUGUUAUAUUCAUCUUCUUUGCGAAUCUUUUCUUGAGCUUCUGCAGAAACCUUAACGACACCUUUGUUUUUGAGGAUAUUCAACACCGUGCCAACACCACCAGAAACAAGCGGUUCAUCUUCGAGAACGUCAGUUACCUUAUCCGUUGUUGACUGGGGUUCAGUAUUUUGUACAAUGGGUUCCUCUUGUACAGGGAUAUCAUUGCUGGAUUCAACAUUUGUUGGGAUCGUGACAGUAUAUGGAUUCUCAGAAAUUUGUUCGCUUUCCUUCUCUUUAAGUGAGACAGAAGACUCUGUAUCAUUUACUUGCUGAAGAGAAUCAACGAAAGAGCGAGUAUCAUCAAUUAUCAUUCCUCUAGUAUCAUUCUCAUCUUCCUUUUCCUCCUCUUCUACAUUGUUUUGGUUUUGAACAUGCUCUGCAAUUUGUUCAGGUCGUAAGCUCCUUGCCCUUUUUUGAGCAGUUCUUCUUUGUAAAGCCAAAACUUCUUGUAAAUCAUCAUCUUCAACGACUGACUGACUAUUCAAUCCUUGAAUCUUUUUCUUAAUAUUCUCCUGUUUUUCUUGAGCAGUGAAGGUUGAAUUUUGCGCUUCAGAUACAUUGUCUUCUGUUGUGGUGGUUGACUGAAAUUCAUCAUCAUUAAGGUCGUCAAAUUUCCGCUUCCUUCUAUCUUCUCUAGAUCGGUUUUUCUUACUUUUUUUUAUCUUGAUAUCCCGAUAGUCUGAAACUUCAGGAAUUGAAGAAGUAGUUUCUGAAAGCGAAAUUCGAAUGCCUCGAUUUGGGACCGAACUUUCCUCCUCUCUUGCAUCUUUUCCUUGAAAUAAAGCAUUGUUCUCUCCGAUAAUAGUUAUUCCUUCUGUUCCAUCUUUCUUUGGUGCAGAAUCGUUAUAAACUUCUUCUUCGUCUUCAUAAGGCUUAUACCCGGCAUUCGCCUUUUGUUCUUCUAACUUUUUGGAAAGGGCCUCUUGUUGGGCAAUCUCAUUGCUUUCUAAUAAAUCCCCAUCAUUGCUUUCCAAAAUGUCGGAAUCGCGAAGCGUUAAUGUUAAACCGUUCUCAGAAUUCAAUUUCUGAAGUUCAUGAGCUAUGCGCAUUCCUUCUAAUGAAGUGUCUGGUCCGUUGGGGAGUUCCUUUGUGGGUUUCUUUUUGACUGGCCUCGGUGUUUCUUUGGGUCCAGAGCUUUCGCUCGUGCGCUUCUCUAAUGCUUUUGCUCUCAUCUUUAGGACCCAAGAGCGAGUAUCGUCUGAUUGUGCUUCUUCUUCUUCUUCUGUAGCGAGAAUAUCAGCCAAAGAUUUUCCUUGCACGCGACGUCGCUGAUCAUUCUUUUCUCGUAUACUUUGAAUUCUAGAUGUAAAUUCCUGUUGUUUUCUUUCAUUGCUCUUUUUCUCUUCUUCUUCCUUCCAAUUCUGAAGAGCUAUGGCCUCUUGGUCAAGCGAAGAGCCGGCUUGUUCCUUUUUAUCCGGUUCACUCGGUCGAGAAUCACCUGAUACGUCCAAGGGUUUUAAACCUAGUGAAACACGAAGUUUAUUCGUCUCUUCUAUGGACAUUGAAUCCGUUGCUCCAACAUUAGUAGACAUGUUUUUUUUUAAACGUGCAAAGUAUUAUCAAUCACCAAUAACAACAAAAUAAGUCAAUUAUAUUCUCUAGAUCGUUCUAAAAAUUGAAUAAAAUCCAAGAAAUACACAAGUAUCACCAACAAUGG